AUGAAAAUGUUUCUCUGCCACCUGCUAUGGUUGGAGUGCGGUCAUCUUCAGACAGUCCUGUACGGCAAGUUGGGACGCGUCAACACCCCAAUACCCUGCGGGGUCCGCAAGUUUCUCCCAAUGCAGGAUGGAGCCACAGCGACCUUUGACCUCUUUGAACCAUUGGGAGACCACAGCACAGGAGAUGACAUUACCAUGGUAAUCUGCCCUGGGAUUGGUAACCAUAGCGAGAAGAGCUACAUUCGGACCUUUGUGGAUCACUCCCAGCGGCAGGGCUACCGCUGUGCUGUCCUCAACCAUCUCGGAGCCCUGCCCAACGUGGAGCUCACCUCACCACGCAUGUUCACCUACGGUUGUACCUGGGAGUUUGCAGCCAUGGUGAACUACAUCAAACAAGCUUGUCCCCAGACUCUGCUGGUGGUUGUGGGCUUCAGUCUGGGGGGGAACAUCGUCUGCAAGUACCUGGGUGAGAACUGUCAAAACCAGGACCGAGUGCUGUGCUGCAUCAGUGUCUGUCAGGGCUACAGCGCACUCAGUGCCCAGGAAACAUUCCUUCAGUGGGACCAGUGCCGGAGGGUCUACAACUUUUUGUUGGCAGACAAAAUGAAGCAGCUCAUCCUGUCACACAGGAGCAGUUUGUUGGGCAUGAACUCCAGUAACAUUGGUGAUGCAGACCUGAGCAGACUGUAUACAGCCACGUCUCUGAUGCAGAUCGAUGAAAACGUCAUGAGAAAAUUCCAUGGCUACAGCUCUGUGAAGGAGUACUAUGAGAAGGAGAGCUGUGUGCACUAUAUUCACAAAAAGAAGCCCAAUGUGAUAUUUGCCCUGACCCAACAUGGAGGCCACCUGGGCUUCUUCGAGGGAGCUGUGCUGUUCCCUCAGCCUCUCACCUGGAUGGACAAGGUCAUAGUCGAGUACUCCGACGCCAUCUGCCACUGGGCAAAGAACCGCCCAGCCUGUCAGGACAGCGGCCACCUUGACAUCAGCUCCUGCCAGCAGAACACAAGGGUGCCACUCAAUGGGUAG